AAAAGCAAAAGUAAAAACCUUGCCAAAAGGAACCUAAUCGUCUAAAGACGCUUCCUUCUUUUGACUAGUAUAAAUACAAGAAAAUGUUUCAUAUGUUAUCAUAAUGAAACAUCUUUUUAUUUCUUACUCAAACACUAUAUUUCCCAAAUCUCUUGUAUGCAUAAGUUUGCUCCUUGUCGUCGAUGAGAUCAAAAGGGAUGACAACCAUUGGAGCCAAAGGAGAAAGUCCAAGUGCUGAAAUCACUCAAUCUGGUGCAAAAUCACAAGAAUCAAGGGAUGAGUGGUUGAUUUCUAUAGAGAACUGUAACGUUGACGAAACAACAAAGAAAUCCCAAAUAGAAAAAGUUCCAUCAACGCUACGUCAUCGUCACUCAAACGAAGAUUGUUUUGAUCCUAUUGUAGUUUCGAUAGGCCCUUAUCAUCAUGAAAAGUCAGAGCUCAAAGCAUUCGAGGAGCUAAAAAUUCCAAUCGCAAAGAAAUUUUGUCGUGACCAUGGUAAUCAACUAUCUAUCGAACAGUUAUACGAAGUGGUGGAAAAGGUGGGUAAAAGUGCCCGUGAAUGCUAUGCGAAAGGCUCGACUGAACGCUAUGAUGAUGAAUCGUUCAACAGAAUGAUGUUUCUUGAUGCUUGCUUUGUUCUUCAUUUUGUGUUCAUCUUAAGAGAAGAAAAUGUUUCCAAUUGGAAAGAAAUGGAACAAGAAGUAGAUCCACGACAGUACUCGGAUUACUACCAAAUUUUAGUGAGUAGGGACUUGAUCUUGCUAGAGAAUCAAAUUCCUUUACUAGUACUAAAAGUUUUGAUGAAUUUCAUGUUUGAUGGUAAAGGACAGAAAAAGUCGAUUCACAAUUUCCUUGAACGCUACAACAUAAGUAAUUCUGCUUUCAGGGAAUUAGAUUUGGAUGGAGCCCCACACCUUCUAUAUCUAUUAUGGAAAAAUCUUGCUUCUAGGCCAAUUACGAAGACAUUAAAACAAGAGCAAUAUGUAUGGGAAACAUGUCGUGUAUGGGAAACAUAUCGUACAGUAACCAAGCUCGAAUCAGUAGGAAUUUAUGUCGAACCAAGUAAAACUGGAAAUCUUACUCAUGCAGAGUUCAAAUCUCACCUUACUUUCGGUACUCUCACACUUCCUCCAAUCUUCUUCAAUGAUUUAACAAAACCUUUGCUAUUAAACUUGAUGGCUUAUGAAAUGUGUCCCCAUGGGCCUUCUGAUUUGGGCAUUACUUCGUACAUUUGUCUAAUGGAUUCACUCAUUGAUCGUGUUGAUGAUGUUAAAGAGCUCAGGAAGAGAAGAAUUCUUUUCAACAAUAUGGACAGUGACCAAGAAUUGGCACAAUUCUUUAACCAGAUUGCUAAAGAUUUGGUAGGUGAUUAUUCUAUAUAUGCAGAAGUUAAAUGGAAGGUUGAUAAUCAUUGCCAGAAUAAAGUACAAUCCUCGAUAGCUGAAUGGAUGCACAAAUAUUUUAGCAGUCCUUGGUCUCUCUUCGCUUUUCUAGGUGCAAUUUUCACCCUUGCCCUUACUGCGGUACAGGCAUAUUUUACUGUUUUUCCUGGCAAAAAAGAAGACGACUUCCUAAAUCAAUAAUCUCGAAUUUGCACGUGUUUGUUCUUCUGUUUGUUUCAAUUGUUUUGGUUUUGUUGUGUGUUCUUCAUUUUAUGCUGGUGCAAUAAUUAUAUUAUGUUCCAUUGUUUUCAACCA